AUGCAUUUGUCGAAUAUAUUAUUGGAUGAAAGACCAAUUACCUUCAUAUCUGAUCGGAACGCUGGACUUUUGGAGGCUUUACCCAAGGUUUUACCUACUGCUUAUCACUAUUUUUGUCUCCAACACUUGAAGGCCAACUUGAGGGAUAGGUUCUCUGGUCUAAGUUUCAGCAAUACUUUCAGGAGUAGAAUAGUUUUUUUGUUUUCUUCGUGUGUUUACGCUCUGACAGUGGGAUGUUUUAAUCAGUGCUUGAAAGAAUUACAAGAUGAGGAAAAAGGGAUCGUUUGUGGGUUUCUGUCUAAUUUGCCCUAUGACAAGUGGACUAAUGCAUACUUUAAAGGACAAAAAUACGGUGAAAUGCACUCGAAUGUGGCAGAGUCUUUCAAUUCAUGGAUCCGUCAAGCUCGCUAUUUUCCUACUACAAAGAUGAUUGAUUCAAUUAGGUUAAAGAUCAUGGAUUUGAUGUCGAGAAGGAGAGAACAAGCUAAGAAAUUGAAUACUUUUCUUUGUCCGGAGAUGGAUUCAACAUUAGUAAAUGCUCUUAAAAGUGGAAGAACUUCGUUGGUUAGUCGUUCAAGUGAUCAUGUUUUUGAGGUUCAAUCCCGGCCAUUGGUUAGCGUUGACCUCUUGAAUAGAACUUGCUCAUGUUACCAAUGGCAAUUGAAUGGAUUUCUUUGUGCUCACGCGGCGACUGCUAUCCAAAAGAGCGGAGGUGAUUUGUAUGCACAUGUGGAACCAUUUUAUUAUACUAGCAAGUUCAAAGAUUGCUAUGCUGAGUCCAUUUAUCCAAUACCCACUGUUGAGAAACCUCUUGUAGCUAUGGAUGAUCUUGUUGCCCUUCCUCCAAUUUGUAAGAAGGCACCUGAUAGGCCAAGGAAGAAUAGGAUCUCAUCUAGGGGUGAGAAGAUAAGACAAGUACAGUGUGGUAGAUGCGAGAAGUACGGUCAUAAUAGGAAGACUUGCAAUGAGGCAUUGCCGUGA